UCUGACAGCUCCCUGAGCAGAAACCAACAAAUCCUCACUGAGAGCUUCUUCAAGAACAAGAGCAAAAUGAAAUCUGCUGUAGCUUUUGUUGUUCUUUGUCUGCUUAUGCUGCAUGUACAAGGUCAGGCCAGGAUGAGCGUAAAGAGGUGCUUAUGUCAAGGUUCUGGGGUGAACAUGGUUCGUCUACAACGUGUUGAGAAGGUUGAAGUUUAUCCUCCUAGUCCAUCUUGUGAAAAUGUGGAAAUUAUUGUCACUUUGAAGAACAGUGCAGGACAAAAAUGCUUGAACCCAGAAUCCAGUUUUGCCCAGAAUUACAUCAAGGCAGCCAUUAAAAAGAGGAGUCUGCAGUGAAGCCUGUGACACAAUAACGGUGAAGAUGUGGAGAUUGACUGAGACAGUGAAUCCUGCUGGCUGUAUAUAGCUACCUCAAAUAUUUAAGCUACUUCAAAUAUAUAUAUAUAUAUACACACACACAUAUGUGUGUGUGUGCUUAAACUACUUGUGUAUUGUAAAUACUGUAAAUAUGUCUGAUGUUUAAUUUAUAACUAUAAAGUGUUUCAUAUUUAAUGUACAGACUUUUCAGAAACACUUUCUUUUUAUCUACUUUGGUUUUGAUGUUGAUGUCUUA